CCGGCUCUUCGGUGGCGGAAGCGUUGACUGGUCUUUCCCUUCUCACUCUCUUCUCUUCACAAUAAAAAUCCAAUCUGUGUUGUUCAGCGCAGCACGCCAAAUCAAAGCGCGUGAGAAAAGCAGAAAUGGCGGCGGCUACGGCGAUUUCUCAGCUAGGCUGUUUUUCCGCCGUCCACCGCAGCUCACACCUCCGGCGCCGCUCGUUUCUGUUCCCUUCCCCUCGCUCCAAGUUAUCGGUUGUUAUGAGUCUGGAGAGGCAUGACACGGAUACUGCUGGGUCUGAUACCAAAAAUACACUAAGUUAUGCAGUUGAUGUGUCAAAGCUACAUGUUGAAGAAAAGAAGAACUCAUAUUCAACAAAAGAUGGCCAUGAUGCUGAAAAAAUAGGGUUUGGAGAGGCAACACAGGAAAGUGUCGAUCAACCGAAAAGGACUGCAAAGAUUCAUGACUUCUGUUUAGGCAUUCCCUUUGGUGGAUUUGUUUUAACAGGAGGGAUUAUUGGAUUCCUUUUUUCACGGAGUCCUGCAACACUAAGCAGUGGUGUGCUCUUUGGGGGUGCUUUACUAUUCCUCAGCACCUUUAGCAUGAAGGUCUGGAGGCAAGGAAACUCAAGUUUACCAUUUAUUCUAGGACAAGCAGCUUUGGCAGGGGUUCUUAUCUGGAAGAACUUCCAGAGCUACUCAUUGGCAAAGAAAAUAUUUCCAUCGGGCAUUAGUGCUAUUAUAAGUUCUGCAAUGCUCUGCUUUUAUUUAUAUGUGCUUAUAUCUGGAGGAAAUCCCCCGCCUAAGAAAUUGAAGGCAUCUGCCAGCACUGCAUGAUGAGAUAGUCAAGGUUAUGCUAGCCUAUAUAGAAUAUGGGGAUAUGAUUCUUAUUUUUCUGUGAAUUGAAAUAAGUUUUGGAUGAAAAUCUGAUAAUUUAUAUCUAUAUUUUUUUUUAUAAAUCAUAAUCGUUAUUUUCAGUCCAUUUUAGCUGUAUAUUCAGAAUUGGGCUACAUUCUGGUCCACAUGUGAUGUAUUGGAUGUUCAAUGAUUUCUGAUCGAAAUGGAUUCAGCUUAUAUUUUCUCUGAUA